CCUUUUUCUCCCUAUUGCUGCCGCUUUCAGGAGAGGACCUUCUAGAUCCGACCCGAUUGUUACAUUCGGAUCCGGUUUUACCCACUUAUGCUUCCCAUCUUCGUUAUCUGCUACCCAAAAACUCACUUUCUCUAGGUAAAACCCUAGCUUUGGUUACGAUCGCUUCGCCAUGGGAGACUUAAACGAUGCUUUCCUACGCAACCAAAACGCCGCCGUUCAGGCCCGGACCAAGGCGCAGAACCGUGCGAACGUUCUUCAACUCAAACUGAUUGGCCAGAGUCAUCCCACUGGUCUUACUAACAAUCUUUUGAAGCUCUUUGAGCCUCGACCGCCAUUGGAGUUUAAGCCACCUCCAGAGAAAAGGAAGUGCCCGCCAUUAACAGGGAUUGCACAAUUCGUCAGUAAGUUUGCAGAGCCUGAAGAUCCUGAGUACGCUCCGCCUGUUAAAGAGGGUGAAACUCCGACUCAAAGAAGGGCUAGAAUACACCAGCUAAGACUUGAAAAGGGUGCAGCAAAGGCUGCUGAGGAGCUAGAGAAAUAUGAUCCAAAUAAUGACCCGAACAUUUCUGGAGAUCCAUACAAGACUUUGUUUGUGGCCAGGCUUAAUUAUGAGUCAACUGAGAGCAGAAUCAAAAGGGAGUUUGACGUUUAUGGGCCUAUCAAGCGGGUUCGUUUAGUUAAUGACACAGAGACAAAUAAGCCAAAAGGUUAUGGCUUUAUUGAGUACAUGCAUACAAGGGACAUGAAAGCUGCUUAUAAACAAGCUGAUGGAAGGAAGAUUGAAGGUAGAAGAGUGCUUGUUGAUGUAGAACGUGGUAGAACUGUACCAAACUGGCGACCUCGCCGAUUGGGUGGUGGGCUUGGAACUACAAGGGUUGGAGGUGAAGAAGUAAAUCAGAGAUAUUCUGGGAGAGAGCAAGGUCAACCAGGAGGAGGACGACCUAGGUCUGAGGAGCCUAGGGUUAGAGAAGAUCGCCAUGGAGACCGGGAUAGAGAAAAAUCUCGUGAAAGGGUAAGGGAUAAAGAGAGAGAACGAGAGAAGUCCCGUGACCGCUCCCCUGAACGUGCUCAUGAAAGAUCUAGGGAUCGUGAUCACAGAGAGGAUAGACAUCACAGAGACCGUGAUAGGAAUAGGGACAAGGAUAGAGAUAAAGAAAGAGAACGUGGUCGCGAUCGUGAUCGAACCCGUGAUCGUGAAAGAGGACGAGACCGUGGCCGUGACUACGAGCGUGAUCGUGAUAGAGAACGCGAUCGUCCCCGAGAAAGGGAGAGGGAUUACGAAGUUGUGGACCCUGACCAUGACCGUGGUCAUUCUCGUGAUAGGGAGCCUGAAUAUGAUCGCGUCGAGUCAAAGCAUGACAGAGAUCGACAUGGUGAAAAAGAUAGGGACUAUGACACCACAGCACCAGAUGAAGAUGGGGGCUGGUAUGAACAACCAGAGCAUGGCAGUAGGCUCUCAAGUCGUGAUCGUGACCGAUCACGUGACCGUGAUCCUGAGCAGUAUGAUCAUUAUGAUAAUAACCGUGGGCCGUAUGACCGGAUGGAUGUCCAGGGGGAACACGAUCGUUAUGAGCAAUAUCCUGAUCAUGAUCAUGACCGAUAUGGUCGAGUGGAGGAGUAUGAACGAGCUGCAUCUGAGUCACAUGAAAGAGAGAAAUCUCGUGAUGCAGACCGCGAUUAUCAGCGUACUGAUAGGUCCGUUUCACGAGAGUACUAGGAUUGGAAGUGGUCCCUAAAGUACGAGUACCAAGACUGGAAGUGAAGGUACCCCUCCCAGAUUUCCAGUCUGCAUGCUUUUCAGUUUAUGUAAACUUCAAAUUGCAUGUUUCUGGAAGUGGAGAUUAUAUUUUGUGUUCUAAUAAUUUUGUGACGGAGCUUCUUAUGGAUACUAGCUUAUAUUUUUAAGAUUGGUAGACUUGUGUAAUUGACUUUUGUUGGCUUAUGUGGGAUAUUGUGUUUAGGGUGUAAGCAGGGGGACCAAAUUAUUUUAUUGGUUUGAACUUUCAAGGUCUUACUAGUUUUGUGCUUGAAUUACAUCUUUCUUUUGUUCA